GCUUCGGUGGUAAGAAUCACUUCCGGUGCAGAUGUUUUCUCGUGUUUUGGCUUUGUUGCACCUCUAUUUAGUUUGAACUACAGACUGCAGCAGUUUAACUCAGUUAUUUCCAGUCGUUAUGUCUCGCGGGUCAAGCGCAGGCUUUGACCGGCAUAUCACCAUCUUCUCCCCGGAGGGAAGACUCUACCAAGUCGAGUAUGCCUUCAAAGCCAUCAACCAGGGAGGACUGACCUCCGUGGCCAUCAGAGGGAAGGACUGUGUUGUUGUUGUCACACAGAAGAAAGUCCCAGACAAGCUGUUGGAUGCCAUGACAGUCACACAUCUGUUCAAAAUCACUGAGGGCAUAGGCUGUGUUAUGACUGGCAUGACUGCCGACAGCAAGUCUCAGGUCCAGAGAGCUCGCUAUGAAGCAUCUAACUGGAAAUAUAAGUACGGCUACGAGAUCCCCGUGGACAUGCUGUGCAAACGCAUGGCUGACAUCUCCCAAGUCUAUACGCAGAACGCUGAGAUGAGGCCUCUAGGCUGCUGCAUGUUAGUGGUUGGGCUGGAUGAAGAGUUGGGCCCACAGCUGUAUAAGUGUGAUCCGGCUGGCUACUACUGUGGCUAUAAGGCCACAGCAGCUGGAGUCAAACAGACGGAGGCCACCAGUUUCCUGGAGAAGAAGGUCAAGAAGAAGCUGGAUUGGACCUAUGAGCAGAUUAUCGAGACGGCCAUCUCAUGUCUGUCUAGUGUUCUGUCCAUUGACUUCAAGCCCUCGGAGCUGGAGGUGGGAGUCAUCACUACACAAGAGCCCAGCUUCAAGAUUCUGUCUGAGGCCGAGAUAGAUGUUCACCUGGUGGCUCUGUCCGAGAAAGAAUGAGGAGAGUUGGCAGCUGUUUCAUGAAGAGGACGAUUAACGGUAAAAGCAGAAAUAUCCCUCGCACAGGAGUCUCAACUAGAAGGAAGAUCAAGGAGGAACUGGCGUCGUCUUAUUCACAGAUGAGAAGUAAAAAUAUGUUAUCCAUCCGCCCCCUUUCUUUAUAACUGGUCACACACAGGAUGACCUGACAGGACGCAUUAGAAACCACGUACACGGCCCUCCUGUAUUUUCCUUCUCUUCACACUGAGACAUCCUGACUGCAGCCAGCUGUUAAAUGUCACAGAUCCUGGAAACAAAGUGGAUAUUCAAGUCCACCAUAUGACACAUGAGGCUGAUCCACUCCUGGGUGACUGAUGUGUCAGACGACCACCAGCCACAGCGUCGCCUCUGGCUGCAGCUCGGCCUAAAUGACUUCAGGUGAUGACGUGAGCAGACGGGAGGAUGGAGCCGCGGUGACGCUACAACUACAGCACAACACCUCUUAAACGUGGACGAGUGAAGCUCUCUGGAGUCGCUGUGUUCCCGCAGUGCCUCCUAAACAUCUCUACUCAGGGCUGCCGCCGCGCGGAUCUCUUCGAAUCAUCUGCUUUAAACUCUUCUCUCUCCACCGUCUUAAGUGUCAGGAGGAUGUUUAUGCUCCGUGAUAACCCAGGGAACAGCUGUAGGAACUGUCCUCAUCGUGUUUAAGUCUGCUCAGGUCAACGUCAAUAGGAGGUCUCUAGGUAUUUCAUUGUCUCCCAUGCGUUGCUGUACAUUACUGCACUUCUAUUAAACAGUCUUUUAUUUAA